AAUCACUGAUUAUAGCAAUCAAUUCAAUGAAUUAGAGGGCAAUCGGUUGAGUGAACUCUUGGAUGCCCUCAAGAUUAUGAUAAGUCAUGAAUGCAUUCAAAUAAAAGACCAAGAAUUGGGAACUGCUUCUCACGACACACUUUAUGGUGAACUUGCGAUCAGGAGUCAAGAAAUUCAAAUCCGAAAUAUCAUUAAAAUGUCUAAACGAUUGAACGCAUUCAAAUCUCUAUGUGAGCAAGAUAAAAUGAUUUUAAUUAAAUAUGCGAGUUUUGAGAUCAUAACCUUACGAACGGUUUUGAAUUUUAAUUUCCAAGACAUGUAUUGGACCGCAAAUAUAAAUACCGGUAAACAAGAUAUAACGUGCAAGGUUCAUUUAUUUGGAGGCAGAAAGUGUGCCCUAGCAGAUUUAAAUCCUAAUAAUAUCAAUCAUCAAACAUUUUUGGAAAGUAUGGGAACUGAAUGGGACUCAGAAGUGCUUAUAAUAGACCUGCUAACUGCUAUCAUAUUGUUUAAUCCCAAUCGACCCAACCUUGUCAACAAAAAUACCAUAAAUUCUCUUCCCCUUUUGAAAGAGAUUUGUACUCGGUAG